CAUUAUUUUGUCACGUUGUUUUGUGGUAAAUGUGUUGUAUUACAUUGUCUCAUUACAUAACAGGAAAAAGUGUGUGAAGAAACUGUAACUGACCGUCAAUUCGACUGACUCACAGAGAGAAUAACCUCAAAACGUACGUACGUACGAACGAACGAACGAACGAAACGUUGCACGUAAAUGACAACUCCUUUUAUUUGUUUGGACAUGUGAAAUGUGUUCCGUUCUUCUGUUCUUAAAUAAUAUGAAGUGGUCGUUUUGGUGUGUGUGAGAGAUAUAGUGAGUGAAACGAGAACUAUUUUUACUAUACAUUUACUUCCGAACAAACCACUGUUACAAGUUGUGUGUGUCUAUAGAGAAUAUAUAUAAAUAUACGGAUACAUUCUCUAUGUCUAUGUGAUAUGGUCUAUAAUAGUUCUUAUCUGUCACUAAAUAACCAAUGAAAUGUGAUAUGUUCUACAUUUAGUGAAAUAGAUAAAUGUUUCAAGUCAACGCAACGCAAACAUUUUAAGGUGUGACACCUAAUGUUUACUUUUGAUGGUGUGGACACACAACAUGGUGUGUGGUUUGUUCAAGCGGUAUGGGCGUCAGUGUCCCCAAGGUGAGUGUUCUGUUGCUGUCCAUAGCAUUGCUUGUUCAAUGCUCGCCGGAUUGGACCGACGAAUGUCCUUCAGCAUGCCGAUGCAAAUGGUCAUCAGGCAAAAAGACUGCAUUAUGUCGCGAUGCAGGAUUCACCUCAAUUCCAGCAUCAUUAAACUCCGAUAUGCAAGUGCUUGACUUAACAGGAAAUGCAAUACCAUAUUUAACAGAAGAUGCGUUUCGUUCGGUAGGACUAAUAAAUCUGCAACGAGUGUUUAUUAAAAGUGCGCGUGUGCGUGAAGUGCAUAAAGAUGCGUUUAGAGACUUAAUAAUAUUGGUUGAAGUCGAUAUAUCGGAUAAUCUGAUAACUAGUUUACAUCCAGAUACGUUUGUGGGUAAUUUACGUUUAAAAGUAUUGUAUUUAAGUGGAAAUCCUUUGCGUGAACUACGUGCGGAACAAUUUGCUCCACUUCCACAUUUAAGGACUAUCGAGCUUAUAAAUUGCCAACUAACUAUAAUACAUGAUAGUGCUUUCAAACAUGUUUUCGGUUUAGAAUCGUUAAAUUUAAAAGAUAAUAAAUUAUCUCAAUUAUCAGAAACUGUGUUUGCUCCAAUAACUCAAUUAAAAACAUUAGUUCUUGACGGAAAUCCUUGGUAUUGUGAUUGUAGAUUACGGGGAUUUCGUAAUUGGUUUCUAGCAAGUAAUUUACAUCGUGUACCAAUACCAUGUCACGGUCCACGUCAACUAGCUGGCCUCUCAUGGCAAAAAAUACCUCCAGAGAGGUUUGCAUGUGCACCACAAGUUUCAGUUACAGACAAAUUAGUGCAAAUGGAACUUGGUGGAAAUGUGACUAUUGGGUGCCAUGUUCGCGGUGACCCGGAACCAAAAGUCACUUGGCUAUAUAAUGGCCAUGAAAUCGGUAGCGUAAAUGCAACGCACCCCGAUCAAGUGCUCUUAAUAGAGGUCGAAGAAGGCCUACUAGAUAAAUGGAUUAAUAUUAGUAUAUUUAAUGUCAGUGAUUUAGAUGCAGGUGAUUAUUCUUGUGUCGCACAAAAUGUAGAGGGUACAGUUUCUCGUAACAUUACAUUAGUAUUACCCGCAGCAGUGGUUGUAUCAACAUUAAGCCAUGAAGAAAGUAGCUAUAUGUGGGUAUGGCUUGUUAGUCUCGGCUCCUGUAUACUCGUUAUUUUGUUAAUCACUUCAGUAUGUGUAUGUUGCGUGUGUAGUCGUAAACAACGUCGUCGAAAGCGACAUAGAAGAAAAGCACGCCUUAAGGGAAGUGUAAGUUUCACCGACCAAGAAAAGAAAUUAUUAGAUUUGAGUAUCACAACAACUGAACGUCAAUCAGCUGCAGAUAGUUGUGAAAUGCUUGGUGGUUCAUUAAUGAUGGACAUGCAACCAUCAUCAUCAGAUAUCGCCUGCAAUCGGCUCCAACAACAACCGCCGCAACUUUCACCAAUUGAAAUGUGUGACCAACUAUCUCAACAAUCUCAGCAACCUCCAGUUCAUAUCACAAUCGAAAGUCAUGGUGCAGAUGGUGUUUCACUAUGCGUAUACCCACCGCCACCGGAGUUUUCAACAAGUAUUCUACCUGUUGGAGCUUUUGGUAAUAUAUUAAUUUCAGUGUCCGUUAGUCAAGAUCCUAAUAUUGACAUACAACGGUAUCCGGACUUAUUAGACAUUCCACAUCGGUCCAGUAAGUCAUCAUCAAAGGCGAUAAGCGUUGCUGCUGGUCCCGACAUCCCUUACUGUCUAUCAGCUGUGCCAGAGAACUAUGCAACGUUGCCAAGACGCCAACUACGACCAACAGUGGUAAUGGGCUCGGGUGUGACAUCAGUCAUACAUGGUGCCGGUGCAGUUCAAUAUGACAACAUGGGUCCACGGGUGACAGCAGGUGGUAGUUGCUCAACUCUUUCCUUACCAGAUGUUGAUCCAAAUGCCAUCCCAGAGGAUAUACCACCGCCCCCACCUCCACCAAUUUGUUCACCAAUCACGACCAAUGAGUAUGUUUCAUUGUAA